UGUGUAACCACAGUCACGUGCAAGCCCGGAAGGCAGUGGCGUCUUGCCCUCCCUCUUUGUUGUGAAGCCGGAAGUGACGGACAGGACGGCACGCUCGCUCCAGGCAAACACCUUUUUGGAAAUAGUUGGAUGACAAUAUUCCCGCUUGCCCAGAUAUGUCCGUUGCAUACAAAAACAGAAUACAGGACUUCAAGGUAGCUUUGACAGAAGAAAAUAUCAACUUGAAAACACUACGAGAGCUGUGCUUCAAUGGAAUUCCAUUUGAAGGAGGCAUACGGGCACUUUGCUGGAAGAUUCUUCUGAAUUACCUUCCUCUUGAUCAGACACGAUGGGACUCAUUCCUCACAAAGGAAAGGGAGGUGUAUUCCCACUUUCUGAAAGAAAUGAUCAUCCAACCUGGCAUUGCCAAAGCCAACCUGGGCCUAUCCAGAGAAGACGUUACUAUGGAAGACCACCCUCUGAAUCCAAAUCCAGAGAGCAGGUGGAACACAUACUUCAAAGAUAAUGAAAUUCUACUUCAGAUUGAUAAGGAUGUAAGGAGGCUGUAUCCAGACAUGGCCUUUUUUCAGCGUCCUACGGAUUACCCUUGCCAACUUAUCUUGGACCCUCAGAAUGAUUAUGAGACACUGCGUCGGAGAGUGGAGCAAACCACCUUGAAAGCACAAACUGUGAAUCGUAACCGCAGCGGAGUAACCAACGUCAGCUCCCCUGGAAAGUCUUUGAACCUGUAUCCAUCUAAUGAAUACGAGGUGUUGCCCAAUGGUAGUGAAGCACAUUGGGAAGUGGUGGAGCGCAUCCUCUUCAUCUAUGCCAAACUCAAUCCUGGGAUUGCUUAUGUUCAGGGCAUGAAUGAAAUUGUUGGUCCAAUUUACUAUACCUUUGCCAUAGACCCCAACAGCCAAUGGAAAGAGCAUGCGGAAGCAGAUACAUUCUUCUGUUUUACCAACCUAAUGUCAGAAAACAGAGAUAAUUUCAUCAAGAGCCUGGAUGAUUCCCAGUGUGGCAUUACAUACAAGAUGGAGAGUGUGUACUCUAUGCUCAAAGAAAAAGACCUGGAGCUCUAUCUCAAGCUGCUCGAGCAGAAUAUCAAGCCUCAGUACUUCACCUUCCGCUGGCUGACCCUGUUGUUAUCACAGGAGUUCCUCCUGCCAGACGUCAUCCGCAUUUGGGAUAGUCUGUUUUCUGACCAGGACCGCUUCCACUUCCUCGUCCUGGUCUGCUGUGCCAUGCUCAUACUGAUCCGGGCUAACCUCCUGGCAGGAGACUUCACAGCGAAUAUGAGAUUACUACAGGAUUACCCCAUCUCAGAUGUCCACACCAUUCUGACGAAGGCCAAAGAGCUGCAAGACAACUCCUAACCCUAUUCUCUCUUCUUCCAUUUGCUGCCUCCUCUCAGAUGCGGUGAGUGGAAGCCGAAACAACAACAAAAGCAUUAUCAAUUAUGUUUAAGGACCUGAACACGUGUUGUGUGUGUGGGGGGGGCUUCAUAUUGCCUUUUAACUGGAUGACUGAUAUUGUGAUCAGAGUGGACUGCUAAGAGAACUUGUGGUGAGGAGGAAAUGGAUCUCAGUGCAUUGUGGGGAACAAGGUCCCUGUGGUCAUCGUCCAUUCUCAGCCAUCUCUCCUAUGGAGACUCGUUGUUGUGACUGAGUUUGCAUCUGCAGGACGCAUGUUACGUGAAUGAAAACAUUCCAGAGAUGUUCAACAAUGGCGACCAAGAUUUGAAUGAAACCCUGCAAUACCAUUUGGAAGCAUAUUCAAUUAGUUUGAGCAGUAGUGCAUGUUUUUGGUCUUUGUGCUAUUUUAAAAACCUGAUGAAAAUCCUGUAUCGAAUUUGACAGUGUCAGUAUUUGAAGGGUAAUUACGAAGUGAUGGGACUCGCAUCGUGUUUUGGAAAAAUCACGAUGACUUAAGCAUUGUGCCUUUAGCCUUGUGAUGAAUUUAAACAUUUUGUACUGUAUCACCCUGACAGAAUUCAAUAUUACUGAAUUGCAAAAAGAAAAAAAAAACAUCCAAGGAUCAUUUGCACUACCGAAUGUUAUGCUAUAAAUGAAGUAACUAGUAUUUGCCAACAUUUGUAUGUCUCAAAGUUUUGAAAGCAUAUUAAUUGAUGAUCCCAGGUUCAUUUUACAAGUGAAACAUUGAUGUGACGCGUCCACUGUUUUCCGCAUUUGAUAUGAUUUGCUGUACAUUAUGGACAGUAUGUGACGACGGGCUUGUACAUGUGUUUUUUUUCCUCUGCGUGGGGAGAGCUCAUAGGAGCUACCUGUCCUCAUCCAUCUUAUUUCCCUUUGCAGAUUCUGUGCCUUUUGUGCGAUCACUCAGUCCCCACAAUUGGGCACAUUUGUUUGUGUUGUGAGGUUUUUAUUUCACAAAUGCUUCCUCCCAGUUCCUUGACAGAGGGAAACACGGCAAUGCGAGCCCUUAGUCAGUUUGGAAUGUGAAUAUACAGAAUGUAUCUCGAAAACCUUAGCCCACCACAUAUCAGCCACUCAAAAACACGUGAACAAGGUUCAUCUGUAAGUAAACUGAAGUGACAAUCUGUGCCGCCAGUGACAUCAUCUCGAUGCUGUUUAUUGGAAUGUAACGUGCACGUGCACAGUAAACGGGAUUCUUUGUCGAUGAAUGACUUGCGAGAUUGGCUAAAUGUACAAGUGUUUUGGUCAGUCUCUAUCAUGUCUAUAGCGCAAACUCAAUUUUCUGUGUGUGUUAUACGUAUGUAGAGUAUGUUAUUGCGGCUUUCGGCUCGUCCCGUCAGCGCUCACCACAGCACAGCACGAUUUGUUUGGACAUCGGGGGACCUUCCCGACGCGACCCACCCAUUUUUUUUAUUCCGGGUUUUGGACCAGUAGUGGCUGGCCAUCGAGGCACUCGCCAAGAUUUGAACCUUCACCAUCUGCACAAAAUGCAGUAGCAUGUACCACCACCAUACUUACAGUGCUGUAUAUAGAAUAUACAAUUUAAAAAAUAAAUAAACAAAUUUCAAUGUGG